AUGAAGAAGAUGAUCGUAUACUCAUUGUUCAAACCUGAAGUUGAAGACAAGGUCGACACUAACGAUCAUCAUCAGGUUGAGAUGAAUUUCUCACCUGCAGCCGCUCCGAAUUGGUUGCACUUGGAGGUACCAGUAGUUCCGGUGCUAGUUGACACUGAAUCGGUUAAGCAACUUCCGGUUGUGCAAUACCGGAAUCGAAUGAUGGAGAGAAGAGAUCAAUCGCGAUAUAGAGAUCACGAGGAUGACGAGUCUAUGUGUAUAGUGUGCAUGAAUAGCAUAGAGGCUAUAGAUGAAGUAAGAGAGCUGAAGAACUGUUCCCACGUCUAUCAUAGAGAGUGCUUGGAUCUUUGGGUUGCUCAGGGUCAGGUAACCUGUCCUCUGUGCAGGUCUAAGCUAUUGCCAACUGCUAGGGCUACGCCAAAUGAACAUUUGAAACCUGCGGGAGGGGAUCCAUGGAGAUCGGAGAGGAUGAUUUACUUGUUCGGUGAUGAUUGCUUCAAGCACUGGAUAGACGAUUAG